AUGCUCUAAUAAAAACAUAAGAGACUUAGAAAACUCUACUCAAGUAAAAAUUCCUCAAGACAUUUGAAUAAUAACUUUAGGAAAUCUAAACUCACAAAGACUUGGAGUUUCAAGAACUCAAUAGAUAUUUACGUUGAUGCUAUCAUAAAUGCUCUUAAAAAGAAAGAUAUUGAGACAUUUGAUUUGCAGCAAAAGCUUUUGCAAUACUCAGAGAUUUAUAACACCAAUGAUUUUAAAUCAAAGUAAAUGGAGAAAAACUUCAAUAAGAUUAAAAAGUUCAUUGUAAACUAAGGGGAUAUAUUGAGCACUGAGCUGGCCUAGAUAUAAACUAAAAACUCAGGAUAGUAUAAUUUAAUUGAAGAGGUGUUAUGUAAGAGAGUAAAUAAGUACCUUGUAAGUGUGAAAGAUUUUAUAAAUUAGUUUAAACUAUGA